AUCUUUCACAAAAGCUACAUACUUUUUUUGUAUCUUUCAUUUAAUUUUCUCUCUAAAAAAAAUUCUUAUUAAAUUUUUAAGUUAUCAUGAACCCCUCAACUCAACCAGCUUACGGCGAAAAACCUAUGACCGGAACUUGGUCUACUGGGCUUUGUGAUUGUUUCUCUGAUGUCUCGAGUUGUUGUUUAACUUGCUGGUGUCCAUGUAUUACAUUUGGACAAAUUGCUGAAAUUGUCGACAAAGGAACAGUUUCUUGUGGUGCAAGUGGAGCUUUAUAUUUUUUAAUAGAAGCAUUAACAGGAUGUGGAUGUAUUUAUUCAUGUUUUUAUCGUACAAAAAUGAGAAAACAAUACAUGUUACCAGAAAGCCCUUGUGGGGACUGUUUGCUUCAUUUUUGUUGUGAAUGUUGUGCUUUAUGCCAAGAACAUCGUGAACUCAAACAUCGUGGAUAUGACAUGUCUAUUGGUUGGCAAGGAAAUAUGGAUAACCAAAAUGGAGGGAUAGCAAUGGCUCCAGGAGUUCAAGGAGGAAUGACUCGAUAAAUAUUGGAUUUUAUUUAUAUUAAUAAUAAUAAUAAUAAUAAAAUUUGAAUUUGUCUAGUGUGAUUAUAUUUAAUUUUGAUGAUGAAAUUAAUUGUGAUUGUGAUGAUUUUGGAGGUAUAUGUAUGGUGAAAUUAUUGGUGGUUAUGUGACAUUCGCUAGUGGAUAAUGAAAAAAUAAAUUUGAAUGUUGAUUUUGUAUUCAAUAAUAUAAUCGGUCAGGUCAUUGUAUAAUA